AUGCCUCGGGUCAAAGAGAACCGGGAUCCUUCCCCUUCCCCUUCCCCUUGGGACUGGGACUGCCCCAGCACACAGCGCCGCUUGGAGGAGCUCUACUUCCACGGGCAGGAUCCCAUCGGCUCCCAGGACAUUCCCAACUUCUGGACCUUCUUCCAACGCCUCCGACGCUUCCAGAGCCAGCGACCGAGGCAGGAACCGGCUCCAGACCCAGCUCCAAGCACCCCUGGUCUCCUCCUACCCCCCCGUUAUGACCCCCGGUACCGCAUCAACCUGAUGCUGAACCCCGAUGGGGAGGAUGCUGCGAUCCCUAUGGAACGCCGCCGGGAAUUCCGGGGUGCUCUCCUCCAUUAUUUAGACUUCCAACAGAAACAAAGCUUCUCCAAACUGCUCCGAAUCCAACGGGAACGCGCUGCCCUUCCCAUCGCCCGGUACCGGCACCGGCUCCUGGCCGCCGUGGCUCAGCACCGAGUGGUGCUGGUGGCGGGGGACACGGGCUGUGGGAAGUCCACCCAAGUGCCCCAGUUCUUACUGGCGGCCGGUUACAGCCGCGUGGCCUGCACCCAGCCCCGCCGCAUCGCCUGCGUCUCGCUGGCCAAGAGGGUGGCAUUGGAGAGCCUGCACCAGUACGGGAGCCAGGUCGGGUACCAGAUCCGCUUCGAGAGCACCCGCUCGCCCGCCACCCGCCUCCUCUUCCUCACCGAGGGGCUGCUGCUGCGCCAGGCACAAGGGGACCCAGGCCUUGGGGCCUACAGCAUCCUCCUCAUCGACGAGGUCCACGAGCGCCAUCUCCAUGGCGACGUCCUCCUGGGGGUCCUCCGCCGCCUCCUGCCCCGGCGCCCCGACCUCAAACUGGUGCUGAUGUCGGCCACCAUCAACAUCCCCCUCUUCUCCAGGUACUUUGGGGAUGCUCCGGUGCUGCGGGUACCCGGGAGGAGCUUCCCCAUCACGGUCAUCUACCAACCCAUCCCUAAGGAAGAAGCCCAAGGGAAAGGGGGGAAAUGGGAACGCCUGGAUCCCAUGCCCUACCUACGGGUGAUGCAGGCCAUUGACCACAAGUACCCAGCUGAGGAGCGAGGGGACCUGCUGGUGUUCCUCAGUGGGGUGGCUGAGAUCGGGGCCGUGAUGGAGGCAGCAAAGGCUUACGCUGCUUGCACCCAACGUUGGAUCGUGCUCCCGUUGCACAGCACCCUCUCGGUGGCAGAGCAGGAUAAGGUCUUCGAUGUCCCCCCUCCUGGCGUCAGGAAGUGCAUCCUCUCCACCAACAUCGCCGAGACCUCGGUGACCAUCGAUGGGGUGCGCUUCAUCCUGGAUUCAGGGAGGGUGAAGGAGAUGAGCUACGACCCUCAAGGCAAGCUCCAACGCCUGCAGGAGUUCUGGAUCAGCCAAGCCAGCGCCGAGCAGCGCAAGGGCCGUGCGGGCAGGACCGGGCCUGGGGUCUGCUACCGGCUCUAUGCUGCAUCCGACUACGAUGCUUUCCCCCCUUAUCCCAUCCCUGAGAUCCAAAGGGUGGCUUUGGAUGCUCUGGUGCUGCAGUUGAAGAGCAUGGGGUUGGGUGACCCCCGCACCUUCCCCUUCCUGGAGCCUCCUCCCUCUUCCAGCCUGGAGACAGCCGUGAGGUACCUGAAGGACCAAGGAGCCCUGGAUGAGGCCGAGCAAUUGACUCCCAUUGGGAACAUCCUGGCCCAGCUGCCCGUGGACGUGGUGGUGGGCAAGAUGCUGGUGCUGGGCACCCUCUUCGGCCUGGCUGAACCCACGCUGACGGUGGCAGCGGUGCUGAGCAUCCCAUCCCCUUUCCUACGCCCCACGCACCCCAAUCCGGACUGCGCCACGGCCCGGCACCCCCUUGAGAGCCCCCAUGGGGACCCCUUGACGCUGCUCAACAUCUUCAACGAAUGGGUCCAGGUGAAGUCGGAGCGUGGUGGCAGCUCACGGAAGUGGUGCCGGCGGCGGGGUUUGGAGGAGCAUCGCCUCUAUGAGGCUGCCAACCUGCGGCGCCAGUUCCAGGAGCUGCUUCGUGACCACCAGCUCCUGGAGGAUGCUUCCCAACAGCCCAGUGAUAGCCACAGCCGGCAGAGCCGGCACCGGGAACGCCGGGAGCUGCACCGGCUCUGGCGUUCCCAUAGGGAAACCGAAGGCCGGAAGAGGAAGAUGCUGCGGCUGCAUCCUGGACCAGACCCCUCCUCCGGUGAGGAAGAGGAGGGUGGUUGCCAUGGGAACAGCAUCGAUAUCCAGGAUGUCAAGUUCAAGCUCCGACACGACGUGACCGAGCUCCAGGCCUCAUCCAGCUUGGUCCUGUCCCCCUCCCAGCUCACCCUGCUCAAACUGGUGCUGUGCCGGGGCCUGUACCCACAGUUGGCUCUACCGGACCAGUUCAACAGCAGCCGCAAGGACUCAGAGCAGCUCUUCCAUACCAGGAGCAAGGCAGGCGUUGUUCCUCAUCCCACCUCCAUCUUCGCCACCAGCCCGGAGCUGCUCCAUCCCAAGGAGAAACGGGACAGGGGAGAGGGAAGAGACCCCAAUGAGGGGCUGAGCCACCACCACCAGCUCCUUGCCUUUGUCUCACUGCUGGAGACCACCAAACCCUACCUGGUGAACUGCAUGCGGGUACCAGCCCUACAGGCCCUCCUUUUGUUCUCCCAGUCCCUGGACACCAGUGCUGACUGCACCCGCCUGGUGGCUGAUGCCUGGUUGGAGGUCAGCAUCCCCAACAGGGACCAGGCCGUGCGCCUGCUCUCCAGGGCCCUGCAGCUCCGUUCUGCUUGGGAAAAGCUCCUCCAUCAGCUCCUGGAGCAUCGGGAUGAGGAGCUGGGCCCACGGCCUAGGGGGCAGGAUGUGUCCCUGUUGAGCCAGGGGCUGCUGGACUUCCUACAGGAGAAGGUCCCGUACCGCCUGCACCAGCUCACAGGGCUGGAGAAGCAGAACCUCUACAUUGGUCCUCAGCCCAUGGCUGCAGCUCCUCACCUCCCAAGCCUCUUCCAUGGCAUGGAGAUGAGGCCUGAUGAGGUGAAAGGGGGCCAUAGGGUCACCGAUUUCCUCACCUACAACUGCUUGGCUACGGACACAGACCUCUACAGCAACUGCCUGCGGAGCUUCUGGACCUGUCCCCAUUGCCAGCUCCACAUGCCCUUCACCCCCUUGGAGAGAAUGUGCCAUGAGAGCUCCUGUCGGCCCCCCCAAUCCGAGGCCCCCCUUGAAGAAGCACCCAAGAGCUCCUCCAAGCCUUCAGCCCUCCAUCGGCCCUACCACUGUGCCAUCUGCCAGCAGGACUUCACCUUCACCCCCACUGAGAUCCUACGCCAUAAGAAGCAGCAUCAUUGACCA